AUGUCCCUCAUCUCUGCUGUGACCCGCAAACGUAAAAAAUGCCUCAGUGCCCACCUGCAGGGCAGCAGCACUGACGAGGACUCUGAGCAUGAGCCCGUCAAAGCCAGCAACUACGGUGCAGAAGAAGGAGGAGGAGGAGGAGGGGGAGAAGAGGAGGGGAAGGAAAGAGGAGAGGAAGACAAGGGAGAUCGUACAGAUCCUGAUCCAGUAAAAUGGGAUGAAAAGGAAAACAGAGUGAAAGCUGAAGAGACCACGGAAGUAAAAGAUCAGAAGGUGGGAGAAGAAGCUUCUGGAAAGGAUCCCAGGGACAGGAAAGGAAAAGGGGAUCCACGUUUUGUCCCCUCACAACAACAGAUGAAUACCACAAACUCAAGACCAUCACCAGUGACUAACCCCCCUUCCCGUUAUAGACCUCACAAUCCAGCCCGAGGACGCCCCCCUGUCCCAUUCUGGAUUAGUCCCACAAGGCCUCCCAACAUUUGCCAUGGCCCUACCUUUUAUGGAAACCAGCACCCAGACUGGAACCAGUCAGCGCCAGUCCGCUACAGGAAGACCAGAGGUGGGAGGACGAGGGCAGUGUCCAUGAAUCUGGAUGUUGAGUUUGGUAGGAGUGACGAUAGAGUCAGAGGAUGGAGGGCAGAGAGGGUGGAGGUAGUCCGAGUCAUAGAUGGAACAUCAGGUCAGCGGGGACCUGUUGGGGUUCCUCAGGGAUCGAUUUCAGGUCCUCAGUCAAUAGAUCCCCUCCCUCGUCUCCCCAAGGAAGCUCCAUCUUUUUCCACCUCAGCCUCUGGAGUGAUAGAACAGAACCCUGCAGGACCCUCUGCUGUGGUCUUGAGGAGAUCAGCCCUGGACCCACGGGACACGACAAGAAGGUGGCGUCGUCACACAGUGGUAGUUUAA